CACCUAGCCCGGUCACACUGCGGCCGAACAGCUGUGUUUUGUUGUUAUCAGCAAUUGGAAUUGCGUGUACUUUGUCGGCGUAAUUGCUUUCUUGCGCCAUGAUCGAGUGAUCCAAGCCGUAUCCGGAUUCCCAAUUUACCGGUUGAGUCAGCGCACACACUGCUCUGCGUGGCUUUCUUGCAUUUCCGGAAGGUGAAGUUAAGAGCCUGGUCAGCCUGCUAAUUGAAUUAGUGCCGCGUUUCCAAGGUCUUGACCAUGUCUGGAGCAGCCAUACUUAUAAAUGCAGCCAUCUCGGGCGCCGCCUACUGCAUGACGGUGCGGAUGAUUCCCCGCUUCCGGGAGAUGUUCAUCAAGGCCAAUCUCUUCGGCAACGAUCUGUGCAAAAAGGACAAGCCACAGGUUCCCGAAUCCUUUGGCGUGCUGAUUGGCUGUGUGUUCCUGGUCUCCUUGUUCAUGUUCAUACCCGUUCCCUUUGCCUUCGAUGAGGCGGCUGCCACGGAUGCGGUAACUGGCGGAAAACCCGAUACCUUUCCACAUGAUAAAUUCGUGGAAUUGAUUGCUGCCCUGCUGUCCAUUUGCUGUAUGAUCUUCCUGGGCUUUGCCGACGACGUCUUGGAUCUGCGAUGGCGCCACAAGCUGCUCCUGCCCACCAUCGCCACGUUGCCGCUGCUGAUGGUUUACUAUGUCAACUACAACUCCACCACGGUUAUUAUGCCCAACUUUGCAAGGGCCAUCUUUGGAACCUCCCUCAACAUAGGUGUUCUCUAUUACAUCUUUAUGGGCAUGCUGGCCGUGUUCUGUACAAACGCCAUCAAUAUCCUGGCGGGCAUCAAUGGCCUGGAGGUGGGACAGUCUCUGAUUAUUGCCGGAUCCAUAUUGCUGUUCAAUUCCAUUGAAUUGUUUUUGGGACAUCAGGUGGACUCGCACAUCUUCUCCAUCUACUUCAUGCUGCCGUUCCUGGCCACCACACUGGCGCUGUGGAAGUUCAACCAAUACCCCUCACAGGUGUUUGUUGGCGACACCUACUGCUACUUUGCGGGCAUGACCUUCGCUGUGGUCGGCAUUUUGGGACACUUCAGCAAAACCUUGCUGCUAUUCUUCCUGCCGCAGAUCCUGAACUUUCUGUACUCCACGCCCCAGCUGUUCCACUUUGUCCCCUGCCCCCGGCACCGACUGCCCAAGUACGACAACAAGACGGACCUGCUGCACAUCAGCACCACGGAGUUCAAGCUGGAAGAUCUUAAUGCUCCGGGUCGUCUAAUGGUCACUGUGCUGCGGAAGCUGCGACUAAUUAGCUGGCAUACCAAAGCGGACGGUCUUGUCCGGACCAAUAACUUCACCCUCAUCAACUUUGUGCUGGUUGUGUUCGGGCCAGUCCAUGAGCGUGUGGUCACACAGAUGCUAAUGGGUUUCCAGGUGCUGUGCACGCUGAUUGCCCUGGCCAUACGCUAUCCGCUGGCUAACUAUUUUUAUGCAGAAACGUAGCCCUUGUUGCAGGAUCAGCUGUAUUCGAUAUUGAUUCUGAUAUUUAUUGUAGUAAGCCUUGGCUAAGUUAACUCUAUAUACAGACAGAUCCACACAAUAGUUCCCGAAAAUAAGUUUAAGUAAAAAUCUGUACUUCUCUCUCGUCAAUAAAUAUAACUUAAAAC